AAAGUGAUGCACAAAUACAGCUUGAUGGCUAGCAGAGAGAGGCAACGUCUGAGUUGUGGUUGUAAAGGAAUAAGAACUUGCCUGAGAUGUGAGGGAGAGCAGUCUAAACGGCAUAUACUGCAGAAGAAUGAGCUGAUACAUUAUGAUUUCACCUAUGAUCCCGUACUGAAGUCUGCAGUCCGAGAGGAGAGAGGUGUUCGACAGUCCUUUGGGUUUCCUGGAGUGUUUUUGUGGGAGGAUUUUGUCUCGGAAGAUGAAGAGAAAGAGUUGGUCGCCAGAAUGGACGAAGAUGUCUGGAGAGAAUCUCAAUCAGGCCGGCGGAAACAGGACUUUGGGCCAAAGGUGAACUUCAAAAAACAGCGAGUCCGUGUUGGGGACUUCACUGGCCUCCCUGCUAUCAGCAGUAACCUGGUGGAGAGGAUGACAAAGGAACCUCUGUUGGCCUCCUUCAAACCAGUAGAACAGUGCAACUUGGACUAUGAUCCACUGAGGGGCUCUGCUAUUGACCCUCACUUAGAUGACAGCUGGUUAUGGGGAGAGCACUUAGUCACCAUCAACCUGCUCUCGAACACUGUCCUCACAAUGAGUUUAGAUCGAGGAUGGAGAGACAUGGAACAAGGGGAGGUGAGAGUGGCCGUGCAUCUACCUCGGAGGUGUUUAGUUGUACUUUAUGGAGAGGCACGACAUCGGUGGAAACAUAGCAUUCACAGAAAAGACAUUCACAGCCGCAGAGUGUGCAGCACCUUCCGAGAGCUGUCUGCUGAGUUUCUACAGGGAGGGGAACAGGAAAAGCUGGGAUCUGAGUUGUUAGAUAUUGCACUAAGCUUCAAGGGUGUAUCACUAUAAGCUUUCUCUGGCUAGAUAUGUCCCAGUGAAAUUUGUUCAUUUUUUUUUAAAGGAAUAGUUCACCCAAAAAUGAAAAUUCUUUUACUCACCCUCAUGCCAUCCCAGAUGUGUAUGACUUUCUUCUGCAGAACACCAGCUAAGAUUUUUAGAAGAAUAUUUCAGCUCUGUAGGUCCAUAAAAUGCAAGUGAAUGGUGACCAGAAUUUUGAAGCUCCAAAAAGUACAUAAAAGCAGCAUAAAAGUGAUCCAUGCGACUCCAGUGGUUAAAUCCAUAUCUUCAGAAGAGAUAUGACAGGUGUGGACGAGAAACAGAUAAAUGUUCAUGCCCUUUUUUUUAUUAUAAAUGUCCACUUUCACAUUCUUUUUGUUUUUGGUGAUUCGCAUUCUUCGUGCAUAUGGCCACCUACUAGGCAGGGAGGAGAAUGUAUAGUAAAAAAAGACUUAAAUAUUGAACUGAUUCUCACCCACAUCUAUUAUAUCACUUCUGAAGAAAUGGAUUUAUCCACUGGAGUCGUGUGGAUUAAUUUUACACUGCCUUUAUGUGCUUUUUUGAGCUUCAAAGUUCUGGCCACCAUUUACUUGUAUUGUAUGGACCUACAGAGCUGAAAUAUUCUUCUAAAAAUAUUCAUUUGUGUUCUGCAGAAGAAAGAAAAUCAUACACAUCUGGGAUGACAUGAGGGUGAGUAACUGAUGAGAGAAUCUUCAUUUUUAAGAGAACUAUCACUUUAAACACACAUGUAAAGUGAUGAAUUUUUUUUUAUCCUAAUUUAAAUAAAAACCAUGCAUAUUCAGUGUUGUUUAAAAUAUGUUGGGAGUUUUCAAUAUUAUAAUUUAAUUCAAGAGGCCUUUUAAAUGAUUCAUCAAAACUAACAUUUUAAAAUAAUAAAUGAUAUAUGUGACUUAUGUAAAAACAUGAAAUGUUUCGCGUUUCGAAAAUAUAUAGUUUCGAGUGAGGGAUGUUGACAGCAUGAGGAAAGGGACGUGUGGCGUGAGAAUAGUGUCAAUUGCAUGACUCGCGCUCAAAGCGUGAGAAUUGGCAGCCCUGGAAGACAUUAAGGAAGUGUACAUAUAAACAUCUUCCCCUUUUUUAUUGUGCAAUUUUACGUUGUAAAAUGAUAAUUGUGCAAUGCAAAUUUAAUCAUUUUCAUCAAUAAUGUUAAUUACACUUUAUGCACAUUCAUUGAGUUUACCUAUUUAUUAAUUUGGUUAUUAGCGUUGGUUUAGAAAGCAGUUGGUUUAUUUACAGUUGCAAUCGAAAUUAUUCAAGAAUGUCAAUGAGCUGGAAGUUUUUGCUCACGAGAAAUGUGUAAAAUUCUAAUAGAGAGGUGUCCGAAGCCUGAGAACACUUACCUGAAACAUUUAUUUGAUGUUAUUAAGGAUAAAGGAUGCUCCACAAAUGAUUGAUAUUGGGGGUUGAAUAUUUUUGACAUGACAUUUGUGGAGAGAAUUAGUUAUUUUUUAUUUUAAAAUUUGGGUAAACUGAACUCUUUGUUCUCAAAAUCACUCAAAUGUGUAUUAAAAA